AUGACGGCCGGACGAGACGGAAGAGGUGGCUCGGUGACGCGAGCCGUGACUGUGGAGCAGCUUGAAGCACUGGUGCCAGUGUCCUUCAUCCCGCAAUUGCUUCCGCCAACCUUUGCAGAUCAUAUCCUCCGCUCCUUCAUGCAGGAGGCCAACAAAUAUCAAAAAAAACGGCGUUGGCUCUACGAGCGCGAGAUCGAAAGCCAUCGCAUUGAGUCGGGCUUUCGUUUUGACCACAUGGGCAUCACUUCAACACGUUGGGAGACCAGCGGCUUUGGUGAUGACUUGAGGCAUUUGCGUGCUCAGGUGACCACAGCAGUGCAGCAGGCCCGAGCGAAGCUGAGGCAGAUGUGGCGCACGGGCGAGAGGCCCUUGACCAAAGAAGACCUGGCGCAGGAGACGGUUGCCCUAGCCAGUCGUGGGCAGCGACUUGCCUCCGAGAGUAUCGAAUGGCUUGUGCGUUAUGCAAGCAGCUAUGCAAAGUCAUGGCGUUGGGAGCCAAACUUUUGCGUGGCCAACCUCUAUCGAGAUCAGGAGGACUUCCUGGGAGCGCACAGUGAUCCGGUGGAGACCAUUGGACCUUGGGCCAUCAUUGCAUCAGUGACCUUCGGAGCAGCAAGGCAGUUUCGUAUGAAACCCGUGGGCACAGUCCAGACGAAUGCUGAAGGUGGUGGGCGCAUCACUUCCUUCAGCAUUCGGCUGCCACACAAUUCUGCACUCAUUUGUUGGGAAGGUUUUCAGGAGUUCUGGCGCCACGAGGUGCCCAAAGACAAGGGCUUGAAAGUACAUAGCAUCAGCGGGGCAGCUCGUUUGAACUUUACCUUUCGCAAAUCGGUCGGUGCUGUAGCUGCCCGCAAGCCCUUAUGCCAUUGUGGGCGCAAAGCGGAUUUGAAGCCCGUGUUGAAGGCCUCACGCAACCGUGGGCGAUAUUUCUGGUCCUGUCGGAAUCCACGCGUGAAGAAAGGCACCUAUCGCACCUGCGACUUCUUCCAGUGGGACGAUGAGCUGGUGGGUGGUCCGACUGGCAAAGUCCCCAAAGCUGCGGCUCCGAACCCGGCUCAGUCCCGCUUGGUUUCGGCAGGAGCCCCAAGUGAAGGUCCUCAAGUUCUUAAUUCACAAGUCCGAUCAGCUUGA